GUUGGUGUAGGUUGGGGUAGAAAGCGCGUCACUUGAGAGUGAGAAAAUUCUCUCACGAGAGCGAGAGAGAGCUUAAAGCUCACUUUUUGGCGUGCUUUUUGCCACACCAACCUAGUGCCGCCGUUUUAUCGGUCAUACCAGUUGAAAUUCAACCUCCGUGCGUGACGGUAAGACUUUCCAGGUGCACCAGAAGGAAUUCCAUUUAACACAAAAAAAAUUCACCGGAAAAAAGCUCUGUGGAUUAAUAUUCUUAAAAAAAAUGAUUUUAGGAACUGUGUGUGUGAGGAAAGUUUUUCAAUAUCAAACCCCCUUUGAAUUUCAAUUUGCCCUUUAAAGUGCUUUAAUGGAUUUCAUCGUACAACCUGUUGAACUACAAAUUGAGCUCUUUUGGAUUUAUAAAGAACUUUCCAUUCUUUGAGCUUUGUGCUGUAACUUGGCGAUUUUUUUCUUUGUGUAGUUGAGGCAGUUGAAGGGGAGAAUAGAACGUGAAGAAAAGGUUUCUUUAACCAUCAUCAAUGUGUUAAAGUUUGCAACAAAAGUGUGCACAAUAGAAAGGACUUUGCUGAAGAAAAAGAUGUUUUUGUGCCAAAGUUUUUGAAGAAAAUCAACAGAAGAAAAUUCUCAAAAUGAUGUAACUUUAAAAGUCUCUCGUGAGUUUGAUUGAGAAAAACACAAGUGAUUUGAAAAGACUUCUUAAGAACUGAAGAAAACACGGGCACAUUGUGUUUGUGAAACGUUAAAGGCACAAAAAAGGGAAGCCUUUUAAAAAAAGGCAUCAAGGGCAACUUCCAAGGAGCAGCUUAAUCUGUGCCUAAAAACAGAUGGAUAAUUUUAACAUCCACGAGGGCUUGUCCUGGAGCACGUGAACAGAGAAGAAGGACUAAGCUGCAUUAAGAGACUUCCCGAAGUAAUUCCACCUCAGCCAUGCAUAUCGUCGUUAUUAAGUACAUCCAACUGUUUUGCCUCACGGUCUUUGUCACCAAUAACAUCAACUGUGAUCAACUCAUGCUCCAAAAUGAACAUGAAGACCGUACAUUGUACUAUGCUGUUGGUUGCACAUCAAAUUGCUUAAGAAAUAAUUCAUCUGAGAGCUUAUCCUCAUGCUAUGAAGAGUGCUUCCCACGUGGGCAGAUCGAUAGUAAUAAGCAUGAAUUGACCAAUGCCAGCGACACCUUCUCCCUGAGACUCCUCUGUCGCGACGACACGAGCCUAACCCUGGAGGUGGUCAAUGGAUCCACGGAGGAAACGGAAAUAGUCCAGACGGUGGCACAUUCUAAAUGGCGCACAAGGGGAAUGGAGUUUUCGUCAGUCCCAUCUAAUACUACAACGAGUAAAAUUAAUGGAAAUUCAGCGCGCGGUUCAAGGUUCCAACCCUGCGACUAUUGCCUGUAUUUGCUGAAAGUUCAAGAAACAGGCAAUCACUUUGCCGAAAGAACUGUCUAUUUGUCGAACAGUUCGAUGAUUGAAAUAACGAACUUGGAACCAAAUAGAAGGUACAACAUUUCCGGGACUGUAAUCAACAGGUUCUUUGAGUAUGCCUACAUUGGGAAGAUUUACAAUUUUAGCACUCUCAAGCAGGACUACACCCCGUUGGAGAUCAAAAACUUUGUUCUCGAACGAUAUGAACCACAGACGGAGAAUCAUUCGCAUUUAAAUGCUCUCAUCACGUGGCGUCCUACAACGGAUUACAUUUGCUUCUACGAAAUCAUGUGGUACCUGCCCACAGAAACAUUCAUCCGGGUUAAGAACAAAGAUAUAAAUGAGACCGAUCCUUACUAUAAAUUCUGGAUACCAAAUCUACCAUUUGGAAGUAAUUUCACAGUCUCCAUUCGAGGCAAGAACAUCAAGGAUCCAUCCCGAGAGCCCUCCCACAAUUGGAUUGUCAAUCAAACGCCCACAUGCCUCGAGUGGUACAACAAUAGUUUAGAAAUGUGUGCCCCACCUGCGCCAAAUAAAAUUGAGAGUGAAGAAGAACUCGUGGACAAUAAUGUGUACAACAUUAAUGUAACGUGGGAGCAUCCGCAAGUAGUUCCAGAUUACUACACCGUAAACAUAUCAGAUGGGGAUGACAAUACAUCCCUCGACAGAUCUCUCAAUGUAUCCGGGGACAGUACGUGGGCAUAUUUUUCAAGUGUACGCAUUGUGGGGGUGCAGUAUGGAAUUUCCGUGGAGACACAUUCUGCUGGUGGAUCAGCCGUGACAAAGGGGAGCAAGUUUUUCGAUAAAAAUUUGCGCGUAUCGGAAAAUUUGGGAUUUUUCACGCUUAUCCUCCUCACGUUAACUCCAAUUGCACUCAUCACCAUCACAGGAGUGGUGGCUGUGGUGUUCUUCCAUCGAAGGGCAAAGCUCAAACGCAGCGAAAAGCGUCGGAGGUACUUUGAGGAUCUGGAGCAGAAAGCCCCAAUUGAUCCAAAUUCCAACUUUGACAUCAAACACAGCGUCUUUGGGAGUGGGAUGACUCUCAAUAUGAGUGAAGUUGAUAUGAUUGGAUUUGCUAAUGAUAAGCUCGAAGUCAGAAGGGAUCAGGUCACGAUACUCGAUGUCCUGGGUGAGGGGGCAUUUGGGCUUGUGCGCAAGGGUAUUGUGAAAUUUGAUGAUGGUACAGAGAAACCCGUGGCAGUGAAAAUGCUUAAAAAAAGUCCAAAUUCGGAUGAAAUUAAGGAGUUUAAGCAAGAAAUUGAGGUGAUGAAGUCCGUGGGAGCGCAUCCAAAUAUAGUGGGACUCAUUGGGCAUUGUACAAGAGAUAUUCAUAAAAUGAUGCUCCUGACAGAAUUCUGCAGUAAAGGAAAUUUACUCAACUAUCUGAGAGUGGAAUGGGUUCGCCUAUCGCAGAUCCAUCUAGAGCUGAUGCAUCAGAUAAAUGAAAAAAUCUCUCCAAGCCACACACCUGCAUUGGAGAAGCAAAAGUGCCCAGAGAGCAUUUUCAAUUUUGAUACAUCCUUUGGGGAUAAAACAUUUAGGAAUUACAAAAAUGUUAUUGAUGGUACGGAUCACUAUGAGAAAAUCCCAGCUGAUUGCGUGGAUCAGGAAGGGAAGGGUGCAAAGGUGGCAUCAUGUACGAAUGCCUGCAGGUGCUUUGUGGAAAUUCUGGAAUCGAGCAGGGAGCAACUAAAGGAUGCCAAUCUCAAUGAUUUAAAUACACCAUCGCGAUUGCGGAAGUGUACUGUGAAAAUUAAGGAUUGUGACUGCAAUCACACUGCAUCCGAUGCACCCAGAAUACCAAAUGCCGUUGAGAAUCGCAGCUACAACGGCAUCCUGGCAAAUGGAACUCUCUGGGCGGCAUCACGGAGGCAGAGUGGGUGCGAGAGUACCCCCAAGAAUCUCACCAAAAAGGACCUUCUUCACUUUGCACGACAAGUUGCCGUUGGAAUGGAAUUCUUGGCAUGCAAUAAGGUCGUUCAUCGAGACUUGGCAGCUCGAAAUGUGCUCGUGUGUGAGGACAACAUUGUGAAAAUUUCCGAUUUUGGCUUGAGCAGAGAUGUCUAUCAGGAGAAUAUGUACAAGAAGGUGGGGAAUGGGAAGCUCCCGAUCAAGUGGUUGGCCCUUGAAUCUCUCACGCAUCAAGUCUACACGAGUCAGAGCGAUGUAUGGUCCUAUGGGGUGCUCUUGUAUGAAAUCCUCACACUCGGUGGGAACCCAUACCCCUCUGUGCCCACCAAUCGCCUCCUGAAGCUCCUCAAAUCGGGCUAUCGCAUGGAGAAACCAGGAAAUUGCGGACCACAACUGUACGAACUGAUGCUGUCGUGUUGGAUGACCAACCCCAAUGAGAGACCCAAUUUCAGUGGAAUUGUAACGAAGCUCGAUCACCUCAUGACCGAACUACCGGAACAUGAACCCAUCGAUCCAGAGAAUUUGAGGGAAUCCAAGGAAAAAUCCACGACGGGGGAGUCCUACUUGAAACCCUUAUAGUAUUACUCGUACAAUCGCCAUUCCGUGGCAUCGUCAUCCACAUGAGCCCAUGAUGAUGAAUAAACUAAUCCAGAUGAUUGGUUCAGGAGGGAAAGAUCAAGAGAUUUGAAAAUAUCUAUAUUUUUUGUGGAUUUACACUGAAUCUCAAAGAAAUUUAUUAAUAUUAAGGAAGAAGAAAAAAGAAUUAAAAAUGAAAAUUUUGGCUGUUUCUCCGUGUGACUUGUAGUGCAACCAUUCCAGCAAAGGAGCUCGCUGGGGCCUCAAUAAGGUUUCACCUGCAGCUGAAUCCCAUUGGAAUCAUACAUAUAUUUUAGAAUUUUUUUUGUACAAAAGGAUUUAUAAAAAAUCCUUAAAAAUUGUGAGAUAAAAAAAGAAAAAAAUAUUCUUGUAAAAGAAUUCUUUAUGAAUGUAAAUAAGUUGAGGAAUAAUAAGAAAUAUAUUUGCAGAGUUGUCCCUUUUA